GAGUUCAGAAUUGAAAGGGACCUCAGAAGUCGAAGGCUGAAGUAUGAGCCUCUCUACCACAUGCCCAAAACAUGAUCAACCAGCCUCCCCUUAAGGAGUUCAAGCUGAGGGAACCCACUACCUUCUCAGGCAACUCAACUGUGGGAGAAAGAACAUUUUUUAUUGUGCAAGGAGAUCCAGAAUUUGGUAAUGGUGAUAGGUCAUAAUAUGGAUAACUACAAUUACCAAGUCAACCAAGAAUAAAGACUGUUCAAGGUGCCACAAUCUAAUGGAUGAAAUUAAUUGGAAUGGAAACUAAGUUUGAUGAAGAGAAGCAGGUACCCUCUUUUUCUGUGUUUGCCAAGAAUCCAGGGCCAUCAAAAGAUACAAAAAAUGGAGGAUCAGAUAGCCACCUUGGGGUGCCUAUCAUAUCCUGGGGAUCUAAAUCUCACCCAAAGGAACUUUGCUCUAUUCCACAGAUACCAAAGCAAAAUCAAUCAUCUUCAACAUGCAUUCAAGUGCCUGGCUACCUGAGUAUUACCAAUGAGCCUAAAAAUCAAAAUUUCUUUAGGCAUUCACUAUAUCCUACUUCAACUAAAGCUGAAGAUUAUCUUUUCCCUCUCAAGAUAUGUCCCUCAUUACAUCUUCCAAAUGAGCAAUCUGAUGGUAAACCAGAAAUUGUUCCUGAAAUAUAUGUCAUUAAACAAAAACCCAGCACAAUCACUUUUUCCAACAAUGAAUGUUUAACCCCUGCCAUUGACAAUGACCUCCACAUAUGUGGAAUCAUUGAUACAGAAACUUCUUCAUAUGAAUCUGUGGAGGAAGUAGAGGAGGGGGAUGAUGAAGCUUUCCCACAGCUGCCACUCUUCAAGACAUUUUUUAAAGACAUUCAGACAAAAGAAAUCCCCCACGACAAACAAAAGGCACUUGGAUUUAUGGAGGAGAAACAUGUCUUUAAUGAGGGUAGUUCCUGUGAACAUUUGGGGAGAGUACCAAACAAGGAGGAGAACAAAGAAAAUGAAAUCAGCAAGAUGACACAGCCCAAGGGCUCAGAAUGGUCAGACUCUAUGGCCUGUGUCAUAAAGAAGUUAGAGCAGCUAAAUUUAGAUAUUGAAGAAGCUCUCAGCGCUGGCUCUUCCCCUUCUCAUACUCCUUCUUUCAAAAGGCGCAAACAACAGAGUUCUAUAAAAGUGGAAAGUGUGCUUAAUAAAGAUCAUCAAAGCAAGGGAAUUUGUAGAAAUAAGGAGGAAAGUGCCCUGGGUCUAGAUUUUGUGCCAAACCCAAUGCCAACUGGAGCACGACCGAAGAUGAAAGUGCUGCCUGACAAACAGGUCAAGGAGAGAGCUGAAAUUGAAGCAAAGGAGGCAUGUGACUGGUUACGGGCUGCUGGAUUUCCACAAUAUGCUCAACUUUAUGAGGAUUCACGAUUUCCCAUCAACAUCGAAGCUGUAAAGAAAGAUCAUGAUUUUCUUGAAAAGGACCUUGUAGAACCUCUUUGCAGACGACUCAACACAUUGAACAGGUGUGCCCCAAUGAAACUUGAUGUGAACAUCCAAAGGAAAAAGAGUGAUGACUCAGAUGAAGAAGACCUAUGUAUCAGUAACAAAUGGACUUUUCAAAGGACAAGCAGGAGAUGGUCUCGAGUGGACGACAUCCACACGUUGUUCCCCCAGGCAAACAGACAUGGAUCAUCAGGGGACGUCAGAAUGAAAACCACCACAAGCAGUGAGAGUGUCCUUACUGACCUGAGUGAACCUGAGGUCUCUUCUAUCCACAGUGAAAGCAGUGGAGGAAGCGACAACAGGAGCCAGUCUGGCAUUAACAGUACUGGCAGAGAGGCGUUUGACUGUAUGGGACAGUACUGUGGGGACGCCCCAGUCAUGCUCGACUCCACUUUAGUCAGUGGCAGCUUCUUACAGAACCCCAAAGACAUUGCCAAUUAUACUUUUCACCCAAAGAAUGAGAAACCAGCACGGACCAGAGCCAAAUCUUUCCUAAAACGCAUGGAGACGCUAAGGCCUAGAGGGACUCAUGGCAAGGUAAAGGGAUCAGCAAGGACAGGUGGCUUGGUGAUAAGUGGGCCUGUUCUUCAACAGGAGCCAGAAUCCUUAAAGACCAUGCACUGUGUGCCAUUAGCAAAUGGGGAUUUCCAAAACCCACCCCAAGAUGCAGCCAAGAAAGGACUUCCAUUCUCUGCCAAAUCCAGCAGUGACAGCAGCCAAUCUGAAAACAGCAGUAGUGGUGUGAGCACACCCUGCUUGAAGGAUCGCAAGUGCCAUGAAGCCAACAAACGAGGGGGGAUGUAUCUGGAAGACCUAGACGUUCUGUCUGGGACCGUACUGCGGGAAGUCAUCGACCAAAACCAUAAAAAUGACUUUCACUCCCAGGAGAAUCUUGUGGUCCAUAUUCCCAAAGACCACAAGCCAGGAACCUUCCCUAAGGCGCUUUCUAUUGAAAGCCUCUCACCAACAGAUAAUAGCAAUGGGGUGAACUGGAGGACGGGCAGCAUCUCUCUGGGCAGGCAACAGUGCCCUAGUACAAAAGAACCUAGACUUAUGGCUUCUUGUCACAGAGAAAGUAGAGUUAGUAUUUAUGACAAUGUCCCUGGCUCACACUUGUAUGCCAGCACUGGAGAUCUUUUGGACUUAGAGAAGGAUGACCUCUUCCCCCAUUUAGAUGACAUUCUGCAACAUGUUAAUGGACUCCAAGAAGUAGUGAACCACUGGUCAAAGAAUGUCUUGCCUGAGCUACAAACAGAUGAUGCAUUAGUUGGGGAACCUGGCUUGUCAGCCUUUCCAUCCCCCAACCAGAUUACAUUAGAUUUUGAGGGGAACUCUGUUUCUGAUGGUCGUACAACACCUAGCGAUAUGGAAAGGGAUGGAACCUCCCUUAAUGACUCAGAGGCAGCUGGAGUCAGAGAAAGGAGGGAUUCUGGGGUUGGAGCAUCACUCACCCGGCCAAACAGGAGGUUACGAUGGCAUAGUUUCCAGAUCUCCCAUCAGCCGACUCACUCCAUAGCAUCUCCACAAAUCAGUAAUCAGACAGCUGGCCAGUUGAAUCUCCUCCAGCGAUUCUCACUCCUCCGCCUCACUGCCAUCAUGGAGAAGUAUUCCAUGUCAAAUAAACAUGGCUGGACGUGGUCAGUGCCAAAGUUCAUGAAAAGGAUGAAAGUGCCUGACUACAAAGACAAGAAUGUCUUUGGUGUUCCACUGAUUGUUCAUGUCCAGAGAACAGGACAGCCUCUUCCUCAGAGUAUUCAGCAAGCACUGAGGUAUCUGCGCAGCAACUGCCUUGAUCAGGUGGGUCUGUUUCGGAAAUCAGGAGUGAAGUCUCGAAUCCAAGCCUUGCGUCAGAUGAAUGAGACCUUCCCAGAGAAUGUCAGCUAUGAGGACCAAUCUGCUUAUGACGUGGCAGAUAUGGUCAAACAAUUCUUUCGAGACCUGCCAGAACCACUCUUUACAAGCAAGCUAGGAGAAACUUUCCUCCAUAUUUAUCAGUAUGUUCCAAAAGAUCAACGUCUCCAGGCAGUGCAGGCUGCCAUCAUGUUGCUGGCAGAUGAAAACAGAGAGGUCUUACAGACCCUGUUGUGUUUCCUGAAUGAUGUUGUCAAUUUAGUGGAAGAAAAUCAGAUGACACCUAUGAACUUGGCUGUGUGUCUGGCCCCUUCCCUUUUUCAUCUUAAUUUAUUAAAGAAAGAAAGUUCCCCAAGAGUGAUACAGAAGAAAUAUGCUACAGGCAAGCCGGAUCAAAAAGACCUCAAUGAGAAUCUGGCAGCCACUCAGGGACUUGCCCACAUGAUAAUAGAAUGUGACAAACUUUUUGAGGUUCCACAUGACAUGGUAGCUCAAUCUCGUAACUCUUACAUGGAAGCUGAAAUCCAUUCUCCAACACUGGAAGACCUGGGAAAACAGCUGGAAGAGAAUGGAGGAAAUUUCCAUGUGUACCUGGAACAUCUCAUCCAGGGUCUACAGAAAGAAGCAAAGGAAAAAUUCAAAGGAUGGGUCACUUGUUCAAGCACAGACAGUACAGACCUCGCUUUCAAAAAGGUUGGAGAUGGAAAUCCUCUGAGGCUCUGGAAGGCUUCCGUGGAAGUAGAAGCUCCUCCCUCAGUAGUGUUGAACCGAGUGCUGAGAGAGCGUCACCUUUGGGAUGAGGAUUUUGUGCAGUGGAAGAUUGUGGAGACAUUGGACAAACAGACAGAAAUCUACCAAUAUGUUUUGAACAGUAUGGCUCCCCAUCCUUCUAGAGACUUUGUGGUUCUGAGGACCUGGAAGACUGAUUUGCCAAAGGGAAUGUGCACUCUAGUGUCUAUUUCUGUGGAGCAUGAAGAAGCCCAUUUGAUGGGUGGUGUGCGAGCUUUUGUGAUGGAUUCUCAGUAUCUGAUAGAACCUUGUGGCUCUGGCAAGUCCAGGCUGACUCACAUCUGCAGGAUUGACCUCAAAGGUCACUCCCCAGAGUGGUACAACAAAGGCUUUGGACAUCUUUGCGCAGCUGAAGUAGCCAGAAUAAGAAACUCUUUUCAGCCUAUUAUUGCCGAGGGUCCAGAAACUAAAAUCUGAAAUGGUUGGGGAAAAAAGGGAGAGAAAGAAGAAACUCUUAUCAAAGAGAAAAAGAUUUGGAGAGUGUUCAACGUGGAAGCACUGAAUAGUGGCCGGAAACUACCAGAGGGCAGAGACUUCUCUGCAAGGUCGUCUUAUGAAGAUGUCCUCAUCACUAAUAUAAUAGAUAUUCUUUUAUCAGAGCUUUUAUCUCUGUUACUUAAAAUUAAAGAUUAUUACUUGUGCAUUGCCUAAUUUUGCUAUUUAAGCGCUUCUACGAAGCAUAUUUUAAAUUGUAAAUAAACUAUGUAGAAUAUGUACAUAUUUGUGUAUAUCUCUAUAUACUGUAUAUAUGUAUAGUAAUUAUUAUAUAUAUAUAUAUAUAUUACAUAUAUCUAUAAUUGAGUGUUUGGAACAGGAAAACGCCUGUAUCAUUUUGACCCUUACUUAUCCAAUGUUCUAGGAUCUCCUACAUGCAACAGAGAUUGAGCAAUAUCCACCAUUAGCAGUCCUAAGACAAGAUAGCCGUUGUGAUAUCUAACCAAAAAAUCCCUAACCAAAGGAAAAAUAAUUUCAGUCAUUCUCUUCUGUGCAGACCAUCAGUUGAUAUUAAUGGAAAAAAAAUAUUUAAAUGGAGAGUUGGCUGAGAUAGGUAAAAGAUAAUAGUUUCCAUUAAAACAAAGUAGCUUUUGAUAAGUAAUUAGCCAUUAUGGGACUAGAAUGUAAAAAGCAGCCAGUGAGCACCUAUGUUCAUCAGCCUGUGUUCAGGGAGCUAUAAGAUAUUAAUGACUGUUCUAGCUCAUGGUAAAGUAUUUACUCUAUAAUAGAAACAGAAGCAGUGUUCCCACCCAAAUUUAAAGAUAAAUUUUAUAGCUUUUUUAUGCUUAAGGUAGAAAAGAACCUACACUUUUUCUAAAGCUUUCAUAGGGACAUUUCAUAAUUUUCAUAAAUUUAAUUCAAUUUGACUAAUAGACUUUGGUCACAGUUAAUUAACAUUUUCAUACCAAUAUAUUGCACUGAUUUCUUAACAAUGACACCAAUUUAAGAGGAGUAAUGGCCAUUCAAGAGUACUGGACCAUUACACUUUCAGGGAAUUCAUAUUUUAUUACAUAUAAUACUUUUUUAAAAAUAUAGUUCAUUGAAGUUUUACAGUUGAAAGAGUGGGUUUUUAAUUAACAUAAAACCAAAAAUAUACACCUAAAUUAGUUUUAGAAAAAUGUACAAGUUUAUUAAUAUCAUGUUUCUUCAUUAGUCAACUCAAGCUACCUAAGUGUUUGCCCCAACCUUAUUUAUUGCUGUAUAGACUAAUCAGAAGACUACCCAAAACCAAUUGCCAAUGGUUUUUUUCUUUGGGUUUGUUUUUUUUAAAUGCGUUCAGCUAAUGGUAUGAAGAGGUAUUUUAUUAACAUAUGGAUUCAGUUAGAGAGAUUUUUCUUACAGCAAAUCAUCCAGCAAUUGGUGGUGGAGAAAAAGUUUCAUUUACUGACUUACAGUGUUUUGAAUCUGCUUGCAUUAUAUGCAUUUAUGUUUUCUGCUGUCAGCAACAUGCAGGCAUUCUGUAGAGGAGAUUAAAAAGUAUUAGAGGUGUGAGUACUGAAUUGCUUCAGUUACUUACAAGGGAACCUUUGCUGCAUUUUUUUUUUUUUACCGGGUGUGAAGGCAGUUAUCAUUUGAAAAAAAAACUUUUAAAAAAAUUGCAUUGGGUAUCUCACACCCUCUGCAUCAAAAGAAAGCCCAUAAUGUUCUACUGCCAUUUGGGCCACCCUCCAGCAACCAAGCAAACUAGCGUCUGCCAGAACACAUGAAAUUUCACUUCCCGUGUUGUCUCUUUAUGUGCAUCAAAAUAAAUGUCAUGAUCUGACUUCAAACUAUCCAGUUACUGGACGCAUUUCAUCAAUAGGGACAAAAAAUGGAAAACAUAUGCAAACAAUGGCAGAGAAAGAAAGAAAAAGGAGUCGAGAAUCACCCAGAGGAAUAAUUAACAGAGUGGCCACCAGAAGGGCAAAAAGACUUAUUCCUGAUGAUCCUUCUUUUGGAAUUACCUAAUUUUGUUCACAUUCUCAUUACAUCCCUAAACUGCCUAACAACAUGGCGCACCUUUUUUUAAAAAUGUUCAUUAAGCUUGUGUCAAACAUAUACAGUAUUUUGUUCAUUGUUAUCUUGCCAUUGGGAAUACAAUAUGACCAUUGCAUUUUUAAUGUUAUAUUCAUAUUUAUACCUCAUGUAUAUUUUUACCUCAGUUGGUAUCAAUCAUCAAUUGUAAAUAAAUAAUUGCCAAGUCAAAUAAAUUUAUAUAUGCUAAAGAA